GGCUUUGAGCCUCAGUUUUUGGAUGGCUACUGGCAUCUCUGACUUUGGGUUUUGUUUUGGCUUUGGCUCGGUUUAUUUGCGGCGUGUGUUUUCACUAUCAUGUCAGGAUGACUAGAUGCCCUCCACUAAGCUGAUUUUUGGGGUAUAUUGAAGGUAUACUAAGUAUAUUAACAGUAAAUUAAUAAGCCUUUUGAACUAGAACUUAAACCAUUAGAAAUAUGUAUCAGUUCGAGGGUAAACUCAUAAGCCUGUGAAGAUAUUUAUUAAUAAUUCGAUAAAAGUUUCCACAAAAGUUUCUGUUUAAAAUAAAUUAUUACUUAGAAAAUAUUAAUCUAUUAACUCUAAUUAGACAUUACUUACUGCAGCGUCUUUGGCAAGUCGACCAAAUCUGGCUAAAACCAACAAGCAGUUAACAUUACCACAAGUUCGAGUCCGAAACCUAGCCCGAGUUUUUAGCCAAGACACACCGAGACAACUGGCCAUUUCCGCUGCCCCUCCGCCGGGCUCCUUAAGCCAAGUUGAUUAUGUUUUUGUUUUUACUUCGUUUCCAACUCAGCAACUUCGUGUCACCGCAGUUGUUGCUGCAACUGGCGCUGCCACAGCGCCACUCUGUGGCACGUUUCACCCUUUAGCUCAUAACUUUUUUUUCUUUGCUUUUUGCCUCAUAUUUAAGCGGAUGCAGGCGGCGGGUCCCAGAGCAAUUCCAUUUCUACGCCCGUCGACGAUGGUUUACCGAAAUCCGCACUUUUAAUCCAAUUUAAACGAACAUCGAACAAAUAGCAAAAACACAAAAAAAACAACGCGAUAAAACAAUGCAUUUGCCCCAAGGAGCAUUAAGCUUUCUGUUCAUCACUUGCAUGAUGUUCGCGCUGGCAGGCGGCCAUCCAUCAAGCGACAAGCUCAAGAUCCGAAUACACGUGCCAGUGAAGCACCAUACACAUGUGCACACGAAGACGGUCAUUAAGAAGGUUCCGCUGCCCAUUCCGGUGCCGGUCAAGGAGCACCACCACGAGCCGAAGAAGCACCACAGCAGCCGCAGUCACCACCACCAUCACCACCAUGAGGACGACCAAGACGAUGAUUUCGAGGGCUAUGAGUACCCCAUCAAGGCCAAGCGACGCACGCGGCAUCCCUUUGUCUGAACCGAACGAAGAAAAUACCAACCCGAACACCCACCCAACCUUCCAAGCCCAACCCACACUCAGCGGGGAAAAU